UUGGCAUCUAUUACCAGAAAUGGAAUUGUCUCUCCCCACAACGACUUCACAAUGACUUGGAUUCCAAGAUGGCGCCCGAACCUGUUUCUAUUCCUGUUACUCCUGGUCGUGGCUGCCUUGGCCAACACAUCCAGUCAGAACACACCUUGUCCAUUUGGCUGCACGUGCGAAGAUACAGUAGUAUCCUGUCGCGGCGGCAACCUGACGUCACUUCCGGGGGCCCUGCCGCAUCCCAGCAAAAUAACACACGUGGUCGUCUCUGGCCAAAAUGGCGUCACGACGAUUGGAAAUCAGCUGCGGCAAUGCAUCCAGUUGCAGCUUCUGAAUCUUUCUGCUAACAACAUCAGCGUCAUCGAGGACGGCGCCUUUGCCGACCUGUCCAACCUGUCCACUCUGAUCCUCAGACGGAACUACUUGCACUGGCUGGACGAAGACACAUUCAAAGGGCUGGGCCUGCUGGACAACCUCGACUUGGGAUACAAUGGGUUAACCGUCAUACGGAAUAAUACGUUCCGAGAAUUGGGCAGUCUGCGCAAACUCGACUUCACCAAGAAUCACAUCUCCGUUGUGGAUAAAGACGCCUUCAGAGGGCUGACGUCACUCGUCGUGCUCAACAUGACGAGGAAUCUGCUGAAGACUGUGCCGCCAUUUGUCUUCUCACAUCUACGCUCUCUCGAGAUCCUCGUCCUCGACGAUAACCUCAUAGAGGAACUGCCCGACUUCGCUUUCUCUGGUCUAGACUCCUUAAAGAUUUUACGCUUGAAUGGCAAUAGACUGACCAGGAUUUCAGCACUGACGUUCGUUUUCCAGUCUCGCAAGGCGAGCAUGGUAGAACAUCUCUAUCUGAAGGGAACAAAUCUGACGGAAUUUCCAGAGAAAGCGCUCAGUGCGUUGCACAAUCUGAAGACCUUAGACUUGAGUCAGAGUAAUAUAAAGGUUUUGCACAACGGCUCGUUUGACAAGUUGAUCAAUCUGCGUAAACUUGUUUUGGUUGGCUUGAACAACCUGACGGUGAUCGAGAACCACACGUUUACCUGGCUGUACAAACUGGAGGAGUUGACAGUAAGUAGGAAUCCAGUGUUGCACACACUCGGCGGCUUGGCUAUGACGUCAUUUCUCGGCAAUCUCCGUCUUGUCGACUUCAGUUACAACUCCAUCAAAGUUUUCCACAAAAACAUGGUGGCGUGGGACAGUGACGUAAUAGUGGAUCUCACCCACAAUGCAAUAGAGUGCGACUGUAGAGCGGCGUGGAUGAUCGAGGCUCUGCCAACUGCAAAGAACCCCCUGACCAGGCGUAAUGGAGCCAACCUGACGUGCUCGGGACCCCUCGGAUUGAAGGAUCGAAAAAUAUUAACACUUCCAUAUUCUGCAUUCGAUUGUGACGUCACGUUGUUUGGCAACAAGGAUGUUAACCGUCGCGUAAAAAUGGCGGCCAUAACAGCGGCUGUUACGAGCAUUCUGCUCAUUACGAUUCUGAUACUUAUAAAAUUCCGAAUCCGUUGGCUCAGCUUCUUCCGCCGGCAGUACCGUUACCGGUCGUACAAAAACAACGGCAUGUUCACUGUCGACAAGAACGGCAACUGUAGCGAAGAAGGUGUUCCUAUGGACGUCAUAUACACACACAUACACUGACACGCCAGAAGGUUACGGUAAAUAAUCAAAUGGGAUAUUUAGCUUGCCAUAGACCAACGUGACAAACCAGAAGGUUAAGUGAUCAAAUGGGAGUUUCAGCUUGUUUUAUAUCAAAUAAAUACACCGGAAGGCUACAUGACUGAAUGGGUGUUUUAGCUUGCCGUGUACAAAAUCAUACAUAGGAAGGUUAAAUGAUCAAAUGAUAUUUUUAACUUCCUUUCUACCAAAGUGAUACAUAGAGGAUAUUUUAUGUUUUUAUGUCAAAUAUGAUUUAUAUCUCAUCGAGUGAAGUUGGCAAUUUACCUUUAUUUUUAAAGGCAUACUGUCACAAAUUUAAGGACUUUAUUUCU